CACUGCUCACAAAGUGCGUUACCGCGAGACGUUUCGUGAACGUUCUACUUGCAUCACACGUAUCGGCACACGUCACACACUUGGGUACGGGUCGUCGUCGUUUGUGUAGUCGUUGUUGUCAUUUUGUUUGCCGUUGAGGUGUCUACCAUCCAUCAGCGGUGCUUGGUGUUUGGGAAGCAUAUUUCCGGCGAACAAGAUAAGAAAGCUUCGACGCUUACCAAUCACUUAAACAUGCGCAAAACAGCAAGUGACAGGUGCCGGGGAUGACGCUGUUCAGGUUGAAUAAAGUGGAAACGCUGCAGUUACAUAAACCGUGUUAAGAGUUGUUUCGGGGAAAUGUGAUCACCACAGUAACGGAUAAGUGACUUAUCAAACGCGGGUGUGAGUUCUUGAAAAGAGAUACAACGAAAACAAACCCCUCGAAGCGGCAGCAGCAUCCAGUGUGCGCAGCAGAGUGUGCGGGGCUACCGAACGCCCUGGUGUGUGCUCACAGUAAAAAGGGAUACCGGUCCGUUGCCAAGAAAUGAUGCAAAAAGUGUGCCGAAAAAUAUGAAAUUAAAAUGAUAAUACAACGCCCCAACACGACUAAUAUCGUGGCACACACGAGUGUCGGACGAGCUGGCGCAGCUGUCAAGCCAGUCGGCAGUUGUUGGUCCUGGACGAUGUGAGUGCGGUGCAGUGUAGUGUUGUGUGGUGCUGUGUGAAGCUCCUAGAUACCAGUGUGGACCCGAACCGUGGUGCCAAUGUGUGAAGUUGAAAAAGUUUUCUUCGGACAGGCAAGUGGACAAAAACACCGGACCAGCAACGGGGUGGAGCUAACACACUUGUGUACUGUUUCUACUGCAGUUCGCUCGGCAAAGAACUCAAAGUGUGGCAGGUGCUGGACGAGCGGGACGAGACGCGCCCGAGACGGGAGACAGAAAUCCCAAAGCACAUAAUCAUGUUUUUUAAUCUUCACACGUCCUUGCCACCGUUACAAGGAUAUUAACGCCCUUCAUUCUCCCGGCAAAGAAAAAGUGCUUCGUCGUGCGGUAUUGAUGCCAGCUGCAGGAGACUGCGUUCUUCAAGAACCUCCCGUCCGUUAUCUUCAAGUACCGACCAAGGCUCAUGGACCCAGGCUGCCGAUAUGGGAAUGGGCCAAAUUGAUGAGGACUGGGAUUUGCACAUCGCGCUAGUGUGGCAAUGAGGGCCUGAGUGGAGCGCAGUAACACAACGUCAACAAACGCCAAAAUAACACAAAAACUUCCCCGGCUUCCUGAAAAGGGGUUUCUGCCUCCGUACCUCCACAGAGAGGGAGAGAGAGAGAGAGAGACAGAGAAGACAACACCAGACACAGCUCUUUUUUCCCGGCAGUUCGUUCGUUGCCCAGCCAGUGCGCUGGGCUCUGGUACUCGCACGUCAUAAAAAUUCUAAAUUAUGAUAAACGCUGUUUAUCCAUUGAGGAUAUCGACCAACUUGAAUUGCCUGUUUAGGACGUGGAUUAUUGUGCUGUACUUUUUGCAGGGCUGUCCUCAGCUUAAUACGGGAAUGGCAUCGUUGAUCGACCGCAGCGAUAUGAUACUCAGGACAGCGUUUUUCCUGCUUUCGCCCCACACACCGGACAAAAGUUCUGCCGGCGGCAACUCAAACUCGCUCGACAAACAAACCUACGGCCACCGGGGUGGUGGUGGUGGUGAUGGCGGCGGCGGAAGCGGAACAGCCGGGGGCGGAACCGAUGGGGGCGAGAGUGGUGAAUCCGGUCCCGGACUAUCGAACUACUUCGAACAGGGCAGCGAUAGCGAGGAACUGCUCAAGUACUACAAAAUGCCGAUGCAGUUCGGGACCGAGAACUACACCCUGGUGACGUCGCAGAUAGGCAGCACGGCACACGUUCCCUGCCGGAUUCAUCAUAUCGGCGAGGGUGUGGUGUCUUGGAUUCGGCGAAAGGACUAUCAUCUGCUCACCGUUGGCUUGACGACGUACAGCAGCGAUGAAAGAUUUAGUGCUACCCACCUGCAAAAUUCAGAGGACUGGACGCUGCAGAUAAAGUUCGUGCAGGAUCGUGACGCCGGGCUGUACGAAUGUCAGGUGUCGACACACCCACCAACGUCAAUAUUUUUAGAGCUGAAAGUGGUCGAGGCCCGGGCAGAAAUCGUAGGACCACAAGUGAAGUAUCUGACACCUGACUCGACGCUGAAAUUGAUAUGCCGGGUGGUGCAGAGCACGGAAGCCUCGGCAUUCAUUUUCUGGUACCACAACAACCGCAUGAUCAACUAUGACCUCGACCGGGGCAUCAACGUUUCCACCGAAGCCGAUUUCCACUACUCGGAGCUGACGAUAAGUCAGGCGAGCAAGGAGCAUUCGGGAAAUUACACCUGCGUUCCAAGCAAUUCGCAGCCAGCCAGCGUGGUUGUACAUAUAUUCAAAGGUGAUAAUCCGGCGGCUAUGUAUCACGAGCAUCGCAGCUCAUCAACGAUACCGUACCGGGACCGGUUGGAAAUGCUGUGGUUGCUGGCCAGAUUCCUAAUGGUGCUGCUGGUCGUACGGUGCUGGCGCGAGGCCGACCUAGCCGAGGACAGCACGCACGCUCGGGCGGCAAAGUGCACUGUGACCGGUGCGAGGGGGCCGGCGGACCGGUGGGAUGUAGCGCCACCAGCCAGACGCAGGACACCGCACGUACAGAUUUACACCGACACCGACAACCAUCCACAGCCGCCACAGGAGCUGCAUCAAGCGGGAUGUCAUUUGAUCGCGUACUUUUGAAUCGACCGCCCCACCAUCGACAGCAUUUCGGAGGGGGGGGGAGUGAGUGGGAGGAAUUGCGGGGAAGAUUCAUCCCCCCAUGGGAGGAGGGACUCACGAUUGCAUCGAAGUUAAAGCUGUACAACUACGCGGAUGGUUAUGGCAGUGACGUUAUCUUGGUUGCUCACAGAAACGUUUCGUUUUCAUUUUUAAGCGUUUGUGGCUUUGGUUCGUUAUCAACGUUUGGUUUUAUCUCGCUUUUACUUCACGUCACAUUACUUUUAUGUUUUAUUUUCUUUACUUUUUACAAGAUUUACUUUUCCUUUACCUUUUCUUACUGUUUACUGCUUUUUAGUUAGCAUUUUUUAGAUACUGAAUUUCUUAGCAUAACGCAUUAUAGGAUAAAAAACAAAUGGUGUUACAUGUCACGUUUAAUAAAAACGAUAUUUUGGAACAAGUCUUCUGAAA